UUGUGUUACUUGAAGAGGAGGCACAAGAAUACCAUAUACGAAGAAAACUCGGAGCAACAAGCUUUAUACGCUUUUUACAUCGGAGGAAUUGCAACGCUUCUCUUAUAUCUACAGCUGUCAAUACGUUGGCCCAAAUUAAUUAAGACUUGGUGUCAAAUGGAUAAGAUCAUGAAUAAAAGAUAUGGAUAUCCUGCGUCCUUGGAUCUUCGUUUACGACUUUGUUUAAUAAUAUGUAUCACUUUAAAACUAACGGAUUAUUUGCUAUGUAUGUAUAAUCGUUAUAUUGAAAUGGUUAAUAAAUAUGGUGAUGAUUAUGAUUAUAAGGUGUUCUUCAAUAAUACAUUACCACAGCUAUUUAAGAUAGUACCCUUAAAUGUAGCAUCUGCUGUAUACUGCACGGUACUGAAUACGCACAGUACACUAACAUCAACAUUCAAUGAUUUAUUUAUCAUUUUAUUAAGCAUAUCGUUGGCUUUACGUUUCAAACAAGUCACUCAAAGAUUGGAAAAAAAUGUUUCGAAGUUUCAGUUUGAAAGUGAAGAGUUUUGGAUUGAAAUUCGAGAAGAUUAUGAUCGAUUGAGCACUUUAUGUAAAGAGUUGGACGAAAAUAUUUCAUAUAUUAUUUUACUCUCCUAUUCGAUCAAUUCGUUUUUUCUGCUAAUUCAACUUUAUGAAAGUUUGGAGGCUGUUUCUGGUUUGGUCGGCAGAAUUUACUUCAUAACUUCUUUUGUUCACCAAAUAUUUAGAAUUGUUAGCGUCUCUUUGUAUGCGGCUUGGAUUAAUGACGAAAGUUUAGAACCAAUGAAUAUUCUUAAUUCUGUACCAUCGCAUGCUUAUAAUACAGAGGUAAAACGUCUACUAAUGCAAAUAAGUUUUGAUAACGUGGCUUUAACCGGAUGCAAAAUGUUCAAAAUAACUCGAGGUAUAAUAUUGAGUAUCGCUGGUGCUGUCGUUACUUACGAACUUGUGCUUAUUCAGUUUAAUUCAGAGACGCAAGCUUAACUAUUUCUGGUUUUCGAUUUGUACAAAUAAAAA